CUCUUAUACUAAAUUAAUUAUCUGCCAGGCAACCACACCGUCUUUCACAACCCUCUCUGAUCUAGUCUAUCCUCUCCCUCUUGCUUGUUUCGCAAGGAAGCAUAAUCCUACCUAGUAUCUCUUUACUCACCAUGUCGUACGCUGAAGCUGCGGCCAAAGGCCCCAAACAGUCUCCUGAAGAUGUUCGUGCCCCUCCACCGGCCAAGGUUCAAUCCGAGGAGUCUGGAAGCACUACAUCCCUCAUCGAUGUCGACCAGCCGCAUGUCGCGAGCGUGGACUCGAGCUUCCUCGAGCAGGAUGUCAAAACCACUACCCAGGCGGAGAGACUGGAGCGUGAGGCCGCGCAAGAGGCGGAGCGACUCGAGGACAAGGCCAAGGACAAGGCACGCAAGGCUCGGGCCAGAGCCAAAGACGACAAGGACAGCUUUUUCCGCAACUCGGACAACCCUGUCGUCAUCGGGAAUGCAGUGCUCCUCACAUUGGCGGGCGCCGGGCUCGGAUUCGGCGCUUACCACAAACACACGAAGGGUCAGCUGUCCUGGGAGCUGGUCGGGCUGUGGUCUGGGGUUGUAGGGGCAGUCGGGGUGGCAGACUAUUUCGUUAGCAAGUGGUUUUUCCAAAACAAGUACCCUCCUAAAUAGUGGGCAGAUUGUUUGGCUGUUCUGAUACGUGGAAGUCAAUUAUUUUGUAUGGGAAUUUUUAUGCUGUAUACUCUUCUCUCAGCUUU